ACAGUCUGCUAUUUACAAUCUCUGCAGAGUGCCCCAUACUUUAAAACAGAUAGAACGGUCGCUGCCGUUUUGUACGCUAAAAUGUAUUCGAAAAAUCUGGUUGUCAAUGAUUGCUGAACAAUCCAGAAAAUGUCCCAAUUAUACCAAGACCCAUUUGUGACAGUGGUUUCAGUUGGAAUAGAGGAAAAAACCCAUCAAUGCACCCCAAAGAAGGCGUUGAAUAAUUCGGAAUAUAUUACUGUCCUCACUAUCGGUAACGAAGAAGCUAAAACGAUCAAAGAUGUUACCGAAGAAGUAAUCGUUUACAGGCUGCCAGGUGAAAGACUUGGUUUCGGUCUGAAAUUUGAGGGUGGAACGAAGGCGCAUGAAUUCGUUAAAAGAUUAUUUAUACAAUCUUGCGCUCCAGAUAGUCCAGCUUCUCGUGUUCAAAGUUCCUGGGGGCAGCUGGUGGAGGGCGAUGAGGUUCUGGAAAUUGACUCCAUUGCAGUCAAUAACAUGACUCGAAUUGACUGUGUGAGGUUUCUGAAGGAUUCUAACGUCGCCAUAAAGCUUCUAGUAAAGCACUGUUUCAACACCGUCAGCUUGAAGCAAAAAUCGAAAUCUUCCGAAGAUCUGCCAGUUAUUAUUAGCACUGAAGAAAAAAAGCCGCCUCCCGUGCCCCCGAGGAAACUCAAUAGAAAACUGCAUAAAACCCUGCAAACCAGCAGUGAUAAUGUUCACGACAAUAUCAUUCCCUCAAUAAAACAAGAAUCGUUUUCCACCAAAUCAGCACGGCUCCAAUCGCCAAGGAACAGUUUCAGAAAGAAAUACUCUCCUGAUGUUGCCAGAAGACUAUCUGAUGGAAGCCUCGCUCCUCCAGAGGCUGAGAUAUACCUUGACUUAAUAUCACAGGAAUCUACUCAAAGCUGGAGUGAAUCGGAUGAUACGGGAAGCACCAUUUCAACCGUCCUAGACAGGUUUGCGUCCUUUCCAACUACCGCAACUUCGAGCUUCGCCGGAAGCCUUCCAUCUACACCAACUUCAAUUCAGAAACACCUCGAUCUUUCUUAUAACAUUAAUGAAUUUCCCGACGAUGAUUUCUUGCCUGCUCUAAGUAAAAAGGGCAGUAGAAUUGAAGAAAACAACAACAUAAUUGAGGGAAGUGAUGAAGCGAGGGAGUUUAAAGUAUUUCAGCCCAUUGACACGUUCCAAGAGGAGCUUGAUAUCAAUCCAAUCGUCGAAGCAGCCAAACGGCCAGUAAUUAUUCCUAGAUCUAAAGACAAAAUAAAUAAGGCUUCUUCAAAUGAAAGUACGAGUACUUUGCCAAGAUUGGUAGAUUUCGUUCCAAAGUCGCCUCAAAGAGAGCUGGACAGUUCGAUGGAAACUAUUACCAGAUUUUUGGACAACGAAAGAUUUGACUUUGAGUUCGCCGAACAGGACAACAAUCCUGAAAAUGAUCCUGAUUACAACAUGGACGGCUACAGUUCCAAAUGGAUUCUUUCAUCACAUUUAUCAACCAUCGGCGAAGACGAGGAAGAACAGAGCGGCCAAGAGUGCUCAAGCAAUAUGGGUGUCCUUCCUGGUCCACCUCGAGUUAUGAUAGAGUCCAGUGAAUUCGGCAAUUUAGACGCGAAAAGUCCGCGGAAAGAAAACAGUUUUGUCGCAGUGAAGCCGCCUGAAGAUAAACAAAUCCCUAUGGAAAUUCCUCCAAGCGAUUCCCGGCAACCUCCCGAUGGCCAUGAGUUUCCUGAUUUCGUAGAAACAUCCGGGAAGACUGCCAUAUUUGACAACUAUAGCCCGAAACCGAAAGAAUAUACUGCAAGCUUUCGGUCAACUUGGAGUCAACCUGUGAUAAAGCCCCUGGACCGAUCCAUCAGUAGCUCAAACUACGAUUUGAGAGACAAAAUGAUCGACUCGGAUGAAGAGAAAUAUGAACCGGUGGAAAAAUCGAAUUUACUUCACACUCGAUCGCAGAGUCUGAUAGAUAUGAGUGUGUUUUCAAAAGAAAAAAGUUCCAGCAAAUGGAACACUCUAAUGGAACAGCGCAAAAGUAGAUUGUCUAAACUUAAGGGACUGGUCAUUCCUGAAGCUGCCGAAAAUGAUAUCACACCCCUUUUGAAUAUCCCUGAGAUCAAGAGCAUUACGACGUCACAAAUCGAUCUUAGCUUAAAAGUGGAAAAUAAUGUGAAUGAAAUAUACAAACCAAUACCUCCUCCUGCCAUAUCACCCGUAGUGCUGCCAUCCUGGUCUUCCAAUUCGAGCUUACCAAAAUAUUCCCCAGCAUUUAAGCGAAAAAGUUUUCAAGUAUACCCGGUCAGUAAUGUGAAAAAGAGCGACAGCAGUGAUGCAGAGAGUAGCUACGAUGAGUAUUAUCACAAAUACAAUGAAAGCACCUCAUCACGAAUUACUGAUGAUCCCAAGUCCCUGGAAAGCAUUUCUUCUCCAACUCGGUCUGAUUAUAGCUUUGACUACACCAGUCUGAAGACAAUGUCGAUUAGAGACAGUCAUAUUCAUAACUCGAAAGACUUUCCUGAUAGCGACAACGAUUCCGCAGUUAGUUCCAGUCAGUCCAGCUACAACUCGAGAAGCUCUCCUCCGCUAUCUCCAACUUCCGAAGAUAAACUGAAUGGCCAAAACAGACUGUUAAAACCCUCAAGCGUGGAAGCCAUCAAUAGAAAAAAUAUCUUAGCUUCAGCUAAAUGUCGAAGUGGUAAAGAUAUAAAAAUUGGUUCACCAGUGAUCCAGAGGAAGGGGUCUUUGGAAGAAGACGCCAAUGUAAAGCAGAAACUGGAAAUAGAAAGCUCUAUUUUAUCGGAAGCGCCGCUUCCAAACACUGCCUUAGAGGGAACCAACAGCAUUGAGGAAGUAGUCUUAAAGCAACAAAACAUCGCCAUUAAACCCGUGGUUGUUAAUGAACCUGUCGUGGUGGAAGUUGGCAUUGAACGAUUAGUUUCAGUGCCCCCAAAGAUUCCAGUUUCAGAAAAAAAUGUAGAUAAACCAAUUCCCACCAAAAGAACUCAUAUUCCCCAAACACCUAAAGAAACAAAGACCGCAAAAGAAUUAGCUGAAACACGAUAUGAAAACUUGGUUCAAAAGCACAGUGCCUACAGUAUUUUGGAGAAACGCAACAAACCGGUGAAUAUUCAAAGUUUGAAAGCAAAUUUUGAAAACUCUUCUUGCCAAUCGCUGCCAGUAUUUCCCAAAAACUAUAAAUCUGAUGGGAAAGCUUCUCCUGCCAGAACCCCGCCGGAAUUGGCAAAUGGUGAGACGAUCAUUGCGACCCGACGGAGAUCAGAAGACUUUCUUACAACCGCACGAAGAAGAUCGGAUGAUAAGCUGCUCUUCAGGCAAAUAUCGCAAGAAAAAGUCGAGAAACUUGAAACAAGGAGGCUAUCUAGUGGAAAUGUAAUAAAUAGUAGUCCGAUAACUCCUAGCCUUAUUCCUAAAGAAGAACCAGUAAAAGCCAUAAGAGCAACAGUGAAGAAACAAGAAAUUGAUAGAAACAUUCCGCCAGUAGAUAAAGCACCUCCAUCAACUCCUAAUGUGGAACAAAGAACAAUUGAACUAAACUUAGAUCAACCGGGAGGAAGCUUAGGAAUCACCUUGGCUGGAGGUGCUGACUAUGAAAGUAAAAACAUCACAAUUCACCGAAUCAGAUACGGAAGCAUUGCGUAUCAGAAUGGUCAAUUAAAAAAAGGUGACAAAGUGAUUGCAAUCAAUAAUCAGCCAACAGCAGGACUGACUCAUUCGGCCGCUACUGAGCUUCUAAAGAUGCCAAUUUCAAAGUUUUCAAUCGUCAUUGAAGAGUCUAAGGACUUUGUACCAUCGACAAACCUUUCCAGGAGAAUUUCAUCCUCCGUUAGCUCUCUGACAUCAGAAACAAAAGGCCAUGAAACAAAUUCACUUGCUCCUGUCCAAAACAAGAAUCCCACACAUACUAUUAAAGUUGUCAAGGAUGGAUCGGGUCUAGGGUUCAGCAUUGAAGGAGGCAAAGACUCGCCAAAAGGAGAUGUGCCAUUAGUCGUGAAGAAAAUAUUUGCUGGGGGUGCAGCUGAUAAAUCUGAGGCAUUGAAAGUGGGUGACGAAAUUCUUUCAGUCAACAAAAUUGAUUUCCGAAAUCUAUCUCGCAUUGAUGCCUGGUCCCAAAUGAAGAAAAUUCCAGACGGCGAAGUUUCUAUUGAAAUUUAUCGAUAAAUUGAGUAUUUAAUAUCUUGCCAAAAUAUGCUUAAUUCGCCCAAAAUUUACCUAUAUUUAUUAUCCUUUACGAUUUUUGCCUUAUGUUAUAAUUUAUUGAUAUAUUUUAUGUUGCAUUUUGUACUAAAUUAUUUAUAUAUUUAUGUAGGUGUCUAUAAUUCAUUACUUUUAUACCUACCCAGGGAAUAUAUUUUUUAUAAAAAAAAAAACAGGUAAUUUAGGUACUGUUUACAUCUAUAGUAAAAGAACUAAAAAAAUUGAUCAUCAGCGUGUCAUGUGCAUAGUAUAAUUCCGUUUUGAAACCAAGCAAAAGCUUACCAUUUGAAACAGGUACGCGAAAGAGUUGAAGCACAUCUUAAGAAAUAAGCAGAUUUGUGUUAAUAAAUUCAUAAUUUAAA